AUGUUUGUGGAUGUUUUGCCGCGUUGGGAAAGAUAUACUUACUGGAUUUGUGGUUUAUCCAGCAUCGCCUACGGUGUAUUUAGUGUGUUUCAAGAAGGAGAAAAAAAUAAAGACAGUUAUUUGGACUAUAGCUUGAUCCCUGGCUGGAGCUGGAUUGGAAGACCAAAGGACAACACACACAUCGGAUGGUUUAUAUGGACGAACACCGUGUGGCUAGCUCUGCCAUGGAAUAUCCUUUAUGUAAUGCUAUCUCAGACUUGCAGGUUCUUUCAAGUGAACGGUCAAUAUUGUUUCACUAGGUUAAAAUAUAAACUAGUUUUGUAUUACUGCGAAUCAUAUAACAACAUCUACAUACAUUGUUUGUAUGUUUAUUUGCUUAUUUCUUUACAUCUGCAACAGGAAGACGAUUUGCUGCUUGAGAAAAUUCUACUGAAAUCCCAGUUGCAAAUCUCCGUCAAUUUAUUCUGCAUUAAAAUCAUCAGUUUUGGUCUGGAGAAAUGCAGAUACAGAGAUCAGCAAACCAUCACAAAGAAAACUGUCAGCGAACAGUCCGGACAAACAUUUGCGUACAGUGGUACAAGCGAGAAUAAAUCGACACAUUCCAUGAAUCCCGGCAAUGAGAUCAAUGUAGAAAUAGAUAUUGUUGAAAGCGAUCCUUCUUUCCUAGACUUCUUGUUUUAUCUGUUUUACUAUCCCACCUUCUUUUGGGGUCCAUUUUAUGAGUAUUGUAAUUUCCAUAAUCAAGUGAAAUCUUCGUUUAAAUCUUCCAUUUUCACAGAAAGUGUUUAUGAUAUCACAAAGCAGUUGAUAAAAAUAGCCUUUUUUAUGUUCUUCAUUGAAUUUCAUGUUCAUUUCCUGUACUAUACGUGCCUUGGUUACGAUGAAGAGUUGCUAGAAAGUGUGUCGGAUUGGACAUUCUACGGAAUCCUUUACUGUCACAGCUGCUAUUUUCAGACUAAAUAUUUUAUAACCUAUGGGUUCGGCAUCCAAUUGUCUAGACUUGACGGCAUUGCUCCUGUGUCUGCACCUCGCUGUCUUCAUUUCUCAUAUUCUGGUGCUGACCUAUGGAAAAGUUUUGAUGAAGGAAUAUAUAUUUUCAUGAAAAGAUGUAUUUUUAUACCUUUGGGUGGAUCGAGACGGGGUGUUCUGAAGCAACUCCUAAUUUCCGGCUUGUGUUUCAUGUUUAUGAUUUUCUGGCAUAGCGCAAGUAGAAGAAUAGUGAUCUGGGGUGUCGUUAACUAUUUCAUCUGCGCACUGGAAACUGCAGGCUACAGACUGAGCAAGUCUGACAUCGGACUUAGAAUGAAGUCCCACCUGAGUCCAGCAAUGAUCCUCAGACUCAAGGCUCUCCUACAUUACCCAGUGUAUAUGCUGCUACUGAUUACAUGCUAUUACUUCUUCUUUAACGAGCAUGUAGGUUGGAUUGCCUUUUCCAAGAUUACAUUCCAAG